UUAUCGUCGUCUUGGAAAAACAAUAUUGUUCAAAGAGGAUCAACGUUUCAAGCUUGCAUAAACAACCUAACCUCAAAAUCACUCGAAACGAUCAUCAUGAUAAUUUUCGUGAUAUCGCUGAUUGUUCUCGCGAUUCUGGGAUCGUACCAUCUUCUGAAAUCGCAAAAUCCUUUCGAGGAGCACGGUUUACCUUACAAAAGUUAUCUUCCAAUUCUCGGUAGUACGUGGGAAUCGAUAUUGAGGCGAAAACCAUUCGCUGUCGUGAUUCAAGAGAUUUACAAUCUAGCUCCAUCCGCGAGAUACGUGGGAUUCUAUAACAGAAUGACACCAGUCGUGAUGAUCCGCGACCCGGAAUUGAUCAAGACGAUCGCCGUGAAGAAUUUCGACGUUUUCAGGAACCACAGAACCGUGAACAUCGCGCAAACGGACGACGUGUUGCUCUCUGGUAAUUUGCUGUUGCUGCGCGACAACAGAUGGAAAGAGGUCAGAUCUCUGAACACUCCAGCCUUCAGCGCCAGCAAGAUAAGAUCCAUGCACCGUUCGAUGUCCGGGAUCGCCGUAAACGUUGCGAGGUAUCUAUCGACUCUUCCACCGGGGCAAGAUGUGGUGGAGAUGAAGGACGUGUUCACCAGAUACGCAAACGACGUAUUCGCCACUUGCGCGUUCGGCAUCACCGUAGAUUCCUUGUCGGAUCGGGAGAAUAAAUUCUACGAGUUGGGAAGAGAGGCCCUGGACAUCCACAGCACUCCAAUUCUAAAAUUGAUCCUAAUUUUCGCGUUUCCAAAAUUGGCCAAAAGAUUGGGCGUGUCUCUGGUGAGCAAGGAAGCGACCGAUUUCUUCACCCAGGUCGUGUCUGACAAUAUAAAGAUGAGGGAAGAGAGGGGUAUAACGAGGCCGGAUUUCAUUCAAGUAAUGAUGGACAGUAACAGGUCGAAAGGUCGAAAUGAGUUGACCGUCGAGGAUAUCACUGCUCAAGCUUUCGUGUUCUUCUUUGGUGGAUUCGAGACAACUUCCGGUUUAUUAUCGUUCGCCGCCCACGAAUUGGCGGCGAAUCCAGAGAUUCAGGGCAAAGUUCACGCCGAGAUAGAUCGUGUUCUAGUUUCCAAUAACGAGAUCACGUUCGAACGAGUGAACGGUCUGGGAUAUCUAGACGCUGUGAUCAACGAGACACUGAGAAUGUAUCCAAUUAUACCCAUCACGGACCGGGAGUGUUCGAAACGGUUCGAAUUACCGCCCGUACUGCCGGAUACGAAGCCUUACGUGUUGAAAGAGGGCUCUCACGUUUGGUUCCCGAUCUACGCGAUCCAACGCGAUCCGAGGUAUUUCGAGAAACCCGAUUGCUUCGAUCCGGAUCGAUUUUUGAAUAAUGAGAAGAGCGAUGUUUUCAACAAUGACGCGUACAUGCCUUUCGGCACGGGUCCAAGAAAUUGCAUCGGGAAUAGAUUUUCGAUGGUGGAAACCAAAGUCGCGUUGUUUCAUAUUCUUGCCAGAUGUCGGUUAGAGGUCUGCCCGAAAACGACUAUACCUAUGGAGUUGAGGAAGAGAGGAGUGUUUCUCACGGCGAAAAAUGGAUUUUGGUUGAGAAUCGUGCCCAGGCAUCGAACAACAUUAACGAUGCUCGAUUCGUGGUCGAUAACCGCGGCGAUAGUCGCCGUCCUCGUGAUAGCCUAUUAUCAAUUGAUUUGGAAGUACAAAUAUUUCGAAAGAAUAGGGAUCCCUUAUUACAGCUCGAUACCAUUGUUGGGAAGUUUUUGGGAGGCGGUUAUCCAACGGGAUAAUUUCGCCGACAUAUCGAGAAAGAUCUACAACUCGUAUCCCGACGUGAAGUACCUUGGCAUGUACGACACAACCACACCCGUGUUCAUGAUCCGGGACACGGAUCUGAUCAAGACGAUCUCCGUGAAGCAUUUCGAACAAUUCCCGGAUCACAGAUCGUUCCAGAACGAGGCGACCGACCCAUUGUUCGCCAAGAACUUGUUCGCCCUUCGUGGGGACAGGUGGAGAGAGAUACGAAACCUGUUGAGCCCCGCGUUCACGUCGAGCAAGAUGAAAUCUAUGUUCAUACUGAUGCGAGAUUGCGCGAAGGAAUACGGCGAUUACUUCGCCUCUUUGACAGGGGACGAGAGCACUAUCGAGUUGAAGGACGCGUUCACCAGAUACACGAACGACGUGAUCGCCACCUGCGCGUUCGGCGUCGAGGUGAACUCGAUGAAGGACAGGAAGAACAAGUUCUACGUGUACGGGAGGGAGGGGACCAGUUUCGGGUCGUGGGCGUCCAUCAAGUUCUUCAUAACGAGGGUGUUGCCUGUAAGCGUGUGCACCCUGCUUAGGAUCAGGUUGAUCAAGAAGGAGAUCUCGGAUUUCUUCAUCGAUCUGGUGAGCACCACGAUCAAGACGAGGGAGGAGAAGGGGAUAGUGAGGCCGGACAUGAUCCAACUGAUGAUGGAAUCGAAGGGAAAAUUGAGCUCGGGAAGGGAGAUGAGCAUGAUAGACAUAUGCGCCCAGGCGUUCGUCUUCUUCUUCGGCGGUUUCGAGAGCACCUCAACGUUGAUGUGCUUCGCCGCAUACGAGAUUGCCGUGAACGAGGAUAUCCAGAGGAGAUUGCAGAACGAGAUCGACCAAGUUUUGGAGGAUCGGGAUGGCGAGGUGACGUACGGGGCUAUUAACGAGAUGAAGUUUCUCGACGCGAUCAUUUAUGAGGCUCUUAGGAUGUAUCCGGUCGUGGUGGCCACAGACAGGAUUUGCACGAAACCGUUCGAAUUGCCGCCGAACAGGCCGGGCGAGAAACCUCACCUCCUCAAAGAGGGCGACAACGUGUGGUUCCCCAUCUACGGGAUUCAACGUGAUCCCCAAUUUUACCCGGAACCGGACAAGUUCGAUCCGGACAGGUUCUUGAACGACACGAAACAGAUGAUCAAUUCUGGCCUGUUCCUCACGUUCGGGAUGGGGCCCAGGAUGUGCAUAGGGAAUAGAUUCGCCAUGUUGGAGACGAAGGUUCUGCUGUUCCAUCUGUUCGCGAGAUGCAACCUCGUUCCCUGCUCCAAGACCACCAUACCGAUGAAAUUGAACAAGAAAGGGUUCGCGAUGACCGCCGAGAAUGGAUUCUGGUUCAAGAUCGAGCCGAGAACCGCGAAGAAGGAUGGGGUUGAGAAAAUUGCGGUUCCAGGGACGACUAUGCUUAUCGAUAAAAUCCCUGAUAGAUAUCCUGAUAAUUGAGAUUCGGUAUUUCUUUCUUUUUUUAAUUCAUUCCUGUGUUAAAACACUUUCUCAUUUCGAGUAUUUACAUUAUUUCGAUACGAGAGUCUUAAGAUCUUUUACAAGCUCUAUUGUCAGCGGUUUUUUCUACAAAUUCAAUCUUCUAGGAGUUUUCGAAGGAGUAAUCGUAUAUUUUGUAUUUUUUUAAUUUUUAUUUUUAUUUUUAUUUUUAAGGAAUCAUCUUGCACGUUGUACAAGAAUGAAGAAGGAUUCAUUGAUAAUUAUUUUGAGAUGUCCAUCGAGGAAGGGAAUUAGAAUUAUAAAUGAAUUUUGAGAUUGUGCGAGUGUCCUAGAUAUACAGGGAUAUAAUUUUCAGUCAAUAAACGAUAAAUAAUUAAUUUGCGAUUAAUUUUGAGAAAAAAAUUUGAUGAGUAUUGGAAAAUGUUUAUAAAUUCCGUGAAAAUUUUUGCGACCAACUGUACUUGGACUGCUAUAAAUCGGUCAAUUCUAUGAAAUGACAUCAUACUAUAGAAUUUUAAAAUAGCUUCACUCCAGACCUGAUCAAUUUCUUUGCCUCAUUCUCUUACAUCGAUAGAUUAUAUAAAAGGAAGAAACUGCGCAGAACGAAUGGAAAUCAAACGGAGGAAGUCGUUUUCUUUAUCAACAAAAAAAUUGAUUGAUUUAUAAUUUAUAAAAUUGGUUAAUUUAGAUAGGAAAAAAAAAUAGAUAAAGACAGGUAAAUUAAUUGUUUAAGUGUUAUUGUUAUUUGUUGUUUGUUAUUGUUCGAUUAUGAUUUUCGGAUAUGAUUGGAAACGUUCGAGCGGAAUCGGUAUUUGGAAAUUUUCGGCACACUUCGGAAGAAUUCGGACGAGAUCGUUCAAGAUUAUCUCACACAACCAAGGAUAUUAUCCUUGAAACUUUCCGAUUCUGCCCGAAUUCUUCCGAUUCCUUGCGAAUUUUAAAAUCAGAUUGCUAAUUUCCCAUGCAAUGUUUAUUGUUACAAUAUCAUAUUGACGAUUGGCGCAAAAUUAAAUUUGAUUAAUUUUUUUUCAAAUCUCGGUUAUUUAAUUAUAUUAUUAUUGUUCUCACAAUGCUUAUUUUUAGUAUUGCCAUGGUACGUCAUGUUGACGAUUGAUGUAAAAUGAUGUUAAAUUCGUUCGAAUUUUCCACGAAUCGUUCCACGAAUUUGGGAUUCAAGAACGAUUACGUAGAUUUUAUAAUAUUAUUUUCUUACAAUGUUGCUAGCAUUGUUGUAAUGUGUCACGUUGAUCACGUUAAUGUACAAUCAAAUUUGAUUGCUUCGUAUAUUUUAUGGUAUAUUGUGUAUGGAUUUAUAUCUAUUAUUCUUUAAUUAUGAAUAAAAAAAUUAAUAAGACAACGA